AUGGCCAUGGCUAGCGCAGUUUACGGUCAAAGCGAGGACUGCUACUCCGACGAGAAUGACUUUCAACCAGGCCACAUGGAAGACAUGGCCAAGCUCCCAGAGGAGAUACAACGCUGCAUCAGAGUCAGCAUAUGGGCUUGGGCCUGGACCGAUGUCGAGAAACAACUCGAUCUCUUCUGCGACCACAGUACCGGCGAAUGGCACCACACCAUCCCUUCUUGCCUCCAAAAACACUGUCCUUCCGACCCCAGCGCCGCAAUCUCCCAAUACAACACUUUCAACUCUGCCUUGUGUCGUGGGUGGGAAGGUCCCGGUCUGCCCUUAACUACCAUCCUCUCUUCCUCUGGCGCUGCCUUCACCACCAGCACGAUUUUCCCAACAUCCUCAGAAACCAGAUACGAGAAUGUGCUAUCCGAAGUGACCAUGAAGGAGUUGCCUAGUGCUAUAGCAGUAUAA